CGUGUGUGCUAACCUUAUAUAUUGUUUGUUUGUACAGCUGUCUCGUGUCAACAAAAUUUUCACUUGAGAAGGCUCUUAUUUAGUGCUAGCUUCGCCGCGGGCACGAUUAAUCGUAGUUUUCACGUGCAGUGUUUCAGUGUGAAACGGAAACAGGAUCGGUGUACCGUAAUACCAAUCCGCUACCUGGAAUUAUAACCUCAGCGUACACACAUUGUGAUUUAUUUUUAGACGUUCAUUAAAUACAUUGGCAGCUUGCUUUACGCUAUACAAUCGCGUCGUGAAAUAGACACGUGCUCGGAUAAGAUUGAUAUCGGAGGGCUUGUCUCUAAUUGAGAAAAUGAACAAAAUCUUCCAAGAUAUGGAACAAAGUUCCGUAAUCUUCGCGAAUGCUGACACAGAACUUGCGUUGGAUUUGAGCGAGCAAGUAUUUGUUGAUGAUGACGACUACUCCCGGGCGCCGGCGUCCCCCACCACCGUGCCUAAUGUUAGGCCCUACCGGCCACCAUCUACAGGUUCAAAUAUCUUGAAGUCGCCGCGGGCUCGCCGCGUCCGCACCGCUUCUAUGUCGCAGUCAAAUAAACGCACAACAGCUGAGAGCAUUCUUCAUGCAGAUAGACGCACGAUCUACACAGCUGGUAGACCACCGUGGUACAAUUGUACCGGUGGUCAGGAAGUGGAACCGUUUCUUAUUGGUAUCGGUGGAGCGAGCGCCUCUGGUAAGACGACGGUGGCGACAAAAAUAAUAGAAUCUCUUAACAUACCCUGGGUUACUAUUGUUAGUAUGGACUCGUUUUAUAAGGUUCUGAACGAGAAACAGCACCAGGCGGCGAUGCGUAAUGAAUACAACUUCGACCACCCGGACGCGUUCGACAUCGAGCUGCUGAUCACGGUGCUGCAGAGACUCAAAGAGGGGAAGAAGGUGGAAGUGCCCAUCUACAACUACGUCACGCACUCCAGGGAGAACAGGACGAAAACGAUGUACGGUGCGAACGUGAUAAUCUUCGAGGGAAUCCUCGCAUUUUACAACGCGGACGUCCUCAAAAUGUUGGACAUGAAGGUGUUCGUGGACACCGACGCUGACAUCCGCCUGGCGCGCCGGCUCAGGAGGGACAUCGUGCAGCGCGGCCGCGACCUGGAGGGCGUGCUGAAGCAGUACAUGACGCACGUGAAGCCGGCCUACCAGAGCUACAUCGCGCCCAGCAUGGCGCACGCCGACAUCAUCGUGCCGCGGGGGGGGGAGAACCUCGUCGCCAUCUCGCUCAUCGUGCAGCACGUGCACAAGCAGCUGCAGCUCCGCGGAUUCAAAGUGCGGGAAAAGUUAGCGGUCGCCCAUAUCGGACAACCUCUACCGGACUCGUUGUACGUCCUUAAGGACACACCGCAAGUGCAAGGUCUCCACACGUUCAUCCGCAACAAGGACACUCCCCGGGACGAGUUCAUCUUCUACUCGAAGCGUCUGAUGCGCCUCGUCAUAGAGUUCGCGCUCUCCCUCAUGCCCUACUCCGAGCACUCCGUCGACACCCCGCAGGGGUUCUCGUACACCGGUCGCAAGUGUGACGUGGAGAAGGUGUGCGGGGUGUCGAUCCUGCGCGCCGGGGAGACCAUGGAGCAGGCGGUGUGCGACGUGUGCAAGGACAUCCGCAUCGGGAAGAUCCUCAUACAGACCAACCAGCAGACCGACGAGCCGGAGCUGUACUACCUGCGGCUGCCCAAGGACAUCAAGGACUACCGCGUGGUGCUGAUGGACGCGACGGUGGCGACGGGCGCGGCCGCCAUCAUGGCCAUCCGCGUGCUGCUGGACCACGACGUGCCCGAGCGCGCCAUCAGCCUCGUGUCGCUGCUCAUGGCCGAGAUCGGCGUGCACUCCAUCGCCUACGCCUUCCCCGAGGUGAAGAUCGUAACGUCGGCCUUGGAUCCGGAAAUCAACGAAAAGUUCUACGUGCUGCCCGGCAUCGGGAACUUCGGCGACCGAUACUUCGGCACGGAACCCGCUGAGGACGAGUGAGCGAGACGGAAGUAUGCACUGUAUAUAGAGUGAGCGAGACAGAUAUAACACGACGGGUGUUGGCAAUAUUGUGAAUGUUGAUAUUGAAAACUAAGAAGUCUAGUUCCUUUUAAGCGUAAUAUUGUUAAUUAUAAGAGUAUUAAGUAUAUUUCUUCCUUUUUUAUUUACUUUGACAUCAUAAAAAAACUUCGAGAUACGAAUUAUAAAGUAUAAAAAUACAUACUAUUGUUGAUUUAUAAAAAAUAAUUAAACUUUACAGUGUUGCCAAUGUCCCUCAAGAAAUUACUAUUUCAUACAACCAAAAAUAGACUGAAUUUCCUUAAAUUAUGUGCGAAAAUUGCCUGUUGUAUUUAUGACUACGUAGGACUACGUACAAUCCUAAUAUUUUAAUACAUUUAAUACGACGCUUGAAUGUAAAGGAUUUUAGUAUUUACGGUAUAUUCUAAUAAGGAUUAAAAUGCUUCAAAGAUGUGUAUCAUAAUAUUGCGAACAUUUUGCUAUGGCUGCGUCAAUAUCACUAGUAAAAAGAUGACUACUUUUUCAACUAGGCUUAAGUUUAAUCUAAAAAAAAUCGUUUAAGGUAAUCAUAUAAAAUGUUUAUAUUAAAUUAUUUUAUUUAAUAUUAUUAAUUCGAAAUUAUUCUGAAAUAUUAGUGUUUCUAUUUAACAACUUUCAUCUAACUGACUUUAUAAAAAAUAUGAUUAAAUUACUUAGAUAAAUUCUAGUCGCAAUGAUGUGAUCUCUUAUAAAAUAGAAAAUAAUUAGUGUACUUAAUGCUUACUGAACUUGAUAAGAACUUAAAACGCGGCCGAUCUGUGUACGGUAACUGUACUUUGGAGAUACUCUAAAAACAUUGUCUGAUCUA